AUGGCUGUCUCAGACACGCGCUUCAAGCUCAACACGGGCGCGGAAAUCCCCGCCCUGGGACUCGGAACCUGGCAGUCGUCCCCCGAAGAAGUCCAGAAUGCAGUCUUCCACGCCAUCAAAGUGGGCUACCGCCACAUCGACACGGCCUUCUGCUACCAGAACGAGGAGGCUGUUGGCAAGGGAAUCCGCCAGGCCAUUGACGCCGGCAUCGUGAAGCGGGAGGACCUCUUCGUGACGACCAAGCUGUGGUGCACGUACGCCCGCCGGGUCCAGGAGAACCUGGAGCUGAGUCUGAAGAAUCUGGGGCUGGACUACAUCGAUCUGUAUCUGGUGCACUGGCCGGUGUACAUGAACCCGAAUGGAAACCACCCCCUCUUCCCCAAGCUGCCUGACGGCUCCCGCGACCUGAUCCGCACCCACAACCACGUCGAUACCUGGAAGGACAUGGAAAAGCUCCUGGACACGGGCAAGGUCAAGGCCAUCGGCGUGUCCAAUUACAGCAAGAGGUACCUGGAGGAGCUUCUUCCGCACGCGUCCGUCGUGCCGGCCGUCAACCAGAUCGAGAACCACCCGGCGCUGCCGCAGCAGGAGAUUGUCGAUUUCUGCAAGGAAAAGGGCAUCCACGUGACGGCGUACAGUCCGCUGGGCAGCACGGGCAGCCCGCUGAUGUCGGCUGAUGCGGUCGUCGAGGUGGCCAACCGGAAGGGUGUGAGCCCGGCAACAGUGUUGUUGAGUUGGCACAUUGCCCGCGGCUCCUCCGUCCUGGCCAAGUCAGUGAAUCCCGCUCGCAUCGAAGCGAACCGCAACCUGGUGAAACUCGACGAGGCGGACAUGGCCACGAUCGCCAAGUACUCGGACGAGCUGUUAGCCAAGAAGGCCUUCAAACGACCAGAGUGUUUGAUCAGUAUAAAUUUAGCAAAAGAAAGCAAGAAAAAAGACCAGUUUGACCAAUCCUGA